GGAUGACAUCAAGUAUCCGGUUUUCCUAAAUGAGUGAAAGAUAACAAUAUGAGAAUCAACUUACUAUUCGAUAAUUGCCGUAAAACAUGGCCCAAAGAUUUGUGCGCGUUUGCAAAUGUUUGCGGUUACAUAAGCUGCACAAUUUGGUUUGUUGUUUUGGUGCCACAAAUAUGGAAGAACCGGAAGCGUCGAUCUGUGGAAGGACUUAGCAUUCUUUGGGCCACUGCGAACUUCACAGCCUCGCUGGCAAACUGUUUCUUCGCUUUUUCUGCUGUACUGCCUGUGUAUAUCAGAAUAUCAGCGGUAUAUAUGCCCAUUUUAGAGUUUUCCAUACUACUACAGUUUUGGUUCUACUCCAAGCACACUAUGCGAAUGAGAUUAUCCUACGGUGCUGGGUGUUUUCUGAUCUGGAUUGCAGUGAUCAGUUUAGAACUUUCCGUUUCCGAUGCCGAAAAAAAUGUCCAGUGGUUGGCAAUUGUUCUUUGGUCUAUUGAGUCAUUUCCGCAGGUGAGCAGCUCAAUAUAACUAAUUAAUUUGAUCUGAGACAGUACUGAUUUAAAAUAACCCACACGCGAACUAAUUCGUGAUAUGUUACUCUUCGUCCAUUAUGAAAAAUUUAGGCCUAGUUUCCUAAUCUCGUCAUAUUUUUUCAAUACCAGACUACCCCUCACUCUUUCUUUGCUACACACUCUGAAUCUUAGAUAAUAUGCAGGACCAAUCUGUGCGAUAUAACUCCUUUAUGGGUCCUUCACUCAUUUCCAAGGAGAGAUGAGCUAAGUGUUGAUUCACUACAAGUAUCUUUCCUAAUCAGUGAUAGGGUAUGUUGCCUAAAUCAUAGCAACAUUCAGCCUCUCAUUGGAGGAUUUAUAACUGAAUGGCAUGGUAUUGACCUGUGGGGCAUUUAAAAACCUAUUGUGGAGUAAGGGGGGGGAUGUAGGUUUCUUAAGAAACUGUGGCGCUGCAUUGGUGGGAGAGUAUAACAGGGUAAUUUAGUAUUAUCAAAUGAGUUGAUAAUGUAAAUUGGCCUCCAUAAAGAGUUGAAAAGCUAAUGUUACAAGUGUUAGCUGUUUGCCAUUUGCUCUGAUGAAGUGGAGCAAACUUUUUUUAUUUGAUUCUGUGUAACUAACCAACUAACCUGUAUUUGUAUAUGUAACUGACUUCCCUUAUUAGAAUGUGGUUGCACAGAUAGCCUGCAAUGCAGGUAUCUUAUCAGGGAAAGUUAAAGUUACCAGCUCACAAUCAUUUAUCCGACCCACCAAGUUUGAUUUGGAGUUAGAGUGGAUAGCAGGGGGAGGGGCAUGGGAGAGGCAAUAAUAUUUAUUACCCCAUCCCUACCCUCUCCUUCAUUUUGACCGUCACUCACCCCCUUGGUACAAGUUUCUUUCUCUACCCAGCCUUCCACUGCAGUUGAAAUAAAAGAUGGUAGCGAUAAUUUCCACUAAAAAACUGAUGAAUCUAAUGGAUUACAAAUGUGUACAAGUGAUAUCAGGAAAAGAAAUUAGCAUCAAGUGUUUGUCAGGUUGUGGUUACCUUGUGAGUACUGUAUCCCUGAACUCCCAGAAGUGAUUAAUUUGUAACCUCUCCCUAUAAUAUCCACACAUUAUCCAGCAAACAGGGUAUGAGAUACUCAAAAUUAUCAAGCAUGUAGAAUUUGUUAUCUUGAACUUACACCAAAUUCUCAUAACUUAGUGACAAGAAAAAGUGUGCCAGCUAGAGGGAGGAAUUAAUAAUCAGGGUUCAGUUUUUCAUAGGGCAAAUGACACUAUCCAAGGGAUAAAUUGCUAUCCAGCAGAUAACUGUAAAAAAAAAAAACAACAAAACUGUGGUAACAAUGCUAGUUGUCUGUCCAAAAACAAUAGUUGGUUACCUGUGGCACCCAUGCUCAGCUGUUGCAUAGCCCUGCUGCAGGUGCAUCUGAACACAAGCAGUUCGCUUCACUUUACUGUCUCUUGCACUCCAUGUAAUUCUGUUCUAUCCCAAAUGAGGGCAACUAAUUAAGUCUAUUCACAUCAUAGUUUCAUUUUUGCUAGGUUCUCUUGACAAACCACAUCUUGCCAUCCAUUUCUGAUGAACUCAGGCACUGUGACAUAUGGCAUGCAACAUUGUGUUUCUCUCCAUAAAUGUCCCAUGUUAGUUAGAAGUGGGAAGUGAAUCUAAGAGAAUAUCCAGUGUGCAGUGAAUAAUGUUCGAUCUGUUGCAGAAAUCAAAGCACAAUUUUUAUAGCUCUUAAUAUUACAGUCCCAGCUAAUUACCAGCAGCUGUUAAGGAAAUGCAAUGGAGGAUUGGAGAGGAGAUGCAAAAUAAAGACAGAAAUCAACCCUGAAUAUCAUUAGCAGUGAAUACAUAAUCUGGUUUUUAUUCUGGUCUCUACAACACACCUCCCACUCCACAGCAUUGCAGAUUCAAACCAACUCCCACUCUUAAGCCCUUUCCUGCAUGAGGGAAAUGCUAAAUUUUUCUAAAAUGAGAAUGGUGAACUACUAGACCAUGUAUAAUAUAUCACUUUAUAGGUAUUUUUUGGGGUAUGCUGAUGGACACCAACAGGUGUGGAGGUGGUAAUUGAAAUAACUGAGAAGUUUCCAAAGUGAAAAAUUGAAAAUCGUUGAAAUUUUUUGUUUGACUCAUACAUAUACCACUAAACUAUAGCCUAAAUUGCAGCUCUCAGAGCAUUGAUUGUGGUGAGAUAUCACCUGAACCAGAACAGUACAAAGACAAAAAGUUCCAAAAGUUGCAGAAGUGGUGAACGAAGUCUUGUAUUGGAUGGGGCUAUGAUUUUAUGCCUUCAAUGUGCAGAUCUUUCCAUGACCUUUUAGUUUAAUGUGGAAAUUUUAGAAAAAAAUGAAUAGAUAUUGAGCAUGUAAUGGCAUCCUAUGCCAUAUGGCACUCUUGGGCUGGAAAGGGUUAGUACCUUUAUGCAUGGAGUGGUAACGGGUGCCGGGGGUGGGGGGGGGGGUCUGAAGGAGGAAGGGGGGAGGGUGGGGUCUGAAGGUCUGAAGGAGGAAGGGGGUAGGGUGGGGUCUGCAGAAGGAAGGGGUAAAUACAUACUUUACAAUUUCACAAUUUCUUAAAUGAUAUUUAUUUUUUAAUUCCAGAUUUAUUUGAAUAUGCGUCUUCGCUCAACAGAUGGUCAGUCCACACUCUCUGUUGUAAUUACACUUGUUGGUAAAACAUUGGAUUUCUUGCCAAAUUACCUUCUGCUUUUGCCAGCACAAUACAUUGUCAUGACCUAUUUUUCAUGUACCAUGGCUUUUAUCAAUGGAAUACAGGUAAUUUUCUAGAAAUGAAAAGGCAUGUUUUACAGAAAAACGUAAGAUAAGUGAAUCACUUAAGAAAAAAAUCUAAUAAACUAAAAAAAAAGUAGGGUUGGGAAAACAAAAACUUGAAACUUUGCGAAUACAAAGCUUAUUUAAGUAGGGUUAUCUUGCUGAUUUGCCAUUCUGUUUUGAGCUUUACCAUAAAGUUUCUACGCUUUUAAAACACUGUGACAUACUGACUUGAGUGGUUGUUUUUAAUUCGUAUGAGACAACUUGAUUCUGGAAGAUGUUUGACCGCUGUGCUCCUCACGAGACACUCUUCUAAUGUUUUAAUGUAUGUGCGCCAAGAUGGCUGCCGCUUACUGUCGUCGUUGUUGUUUUUUUAAGCUUUUGUGCUUUGUUACCUUGUUCGUUCAGUAUCUUGACAAGCACAAUUCAAUCUGUUCGCCUCCAUCUACCUUUAAAGGCCCUUUUAGCGUCAGUCGAAAGCUAUUUUCUGCUUCUCGCUGCGGUCAAGACCUUGCUGUUGCAAGACGCUCAACUAAGUUACCGAUCACCAAAUGGUCAAAGCAUGGUUCGACGGUUGCUGCUCUGUCUGAAAGAGGUUUCAUCAAGGACCUAUCUAUUGCAGUGGAUGUUGAAAUUAACCCGGGUCCGGAAAAUUUUAACUACAUGCCGACUGCUUCACUUCAAACUUCAAGACCUAGAUUUUCUUUCAGUCGACGUAAUUUAUUUCAACUUCGCUCCUGUUGUCCUAAGGUUAAACUGGAUUAUUAUCUUAUUCAUCGCUUAAAGUCAUUGGGAAUUUAUAGAGCUAGAGGUCGUAGAGCUGGUGUUAAUUCUAGAUUUGGAUCUCGUCAACAACAUCACAAGAUUCCAGUUCGUGUCACUGACCACUGUUUUUUUUAUCAACGACCAAACGCGCACGACUUCGACCCAAGGAUACAAAUUUGCAUUUCAUUUCUACUCACUCUUCUUCUUUACCCCGAAUAAUCCCCAAAUGUAUGGUCAUUAAUGCAAGAUCACUUGUGAAAGUUGAUGCUGCUUCUGCUUUGCAUAUGGAAUUGCACUCAAACAACUGCGAUAUUUGCAUCAUCUCCGAGACAUGGCUUAAACCAAAUUUUCCAUCUCAUCUCGUUUGUCCGAAGGAUUACUCAAUUUUGCGAAAGGAUAGAACUGACCGGUCAGGCGGUGGUGUUGCUAUUGUCUGUAGGAGCGAUUGGUUGUUGGAACGAUUAGACAGCGUUUUUUAUAAUGCCUUUGAAUGUUUGUGGGCUAAAAUUACAACUCCCAACUCAAGCUUUUAUGUGGCUGCUGUUUAUCAUCCUCCAGAUCCGCCAUAUUGUCCUGAUGAUUUAUUGGAACAUCUAACAAAUAGUUGUGAUCAUUUAUUGACUGGUAAUCCUAACAGCAACCUUAUAAUUUGUGGUGACCUCAAUCAGCUAGAUUACAAUGAUUUUCUUACACAACUAAAUUUAUUCCAGAUGGUAAAUACACCGACAAGAAAGAACAAAAUCUUGGAUGUUUUGAUUACUAACGUCCCGCAUUUUUGGAGGAAAGUAUCGGUCACUCAAGGACUAGUUCGAUCUGACCACUCUGUGGUCCUGGUAUAUCCCAGAAUCCCACUUAAGGCUGAAAGGAAAACUGUGAUGUUCAGAGAUGUUCGUGAUCAUCAUAAACUGGAUAUGGAUAAACUGUUGAAGUUUCAUAACUGGGACAAUGUUUAUCAAUGCGGAGAUGUGAAUGGAAAACUUAAUCUUUUUUGUACCAAGAUUAAGACCAUAUUUGAUGAGUGUUUUCCGGGUAUAUCAGUACGUGUGUCUAAUAGGGACCCUCCGUUCUUUUCUCCUCUAAUCAAACAUCUACUGGACCAACGGCGAAAAUUGAUUCGGCGAAGUAACAUGUCAGGAAAUUCUGUUUCGAUUGAGAUCCAAACUCUUCAAGAGAAAAUCAACAAGUUGAUCAGAGAUAAUCAAGUUCGAGCAGUUAAAGGGAAUUUUGAGAAACAUAGUGCAGGAUCCAAAUCUUGGUGGUCAACAGUCAAUUCCCUGACAGGAAGGAAGUCUACCAACUCGCAAGUAAGCUCAAUUAUCUCCCCGAGCGAGAUCAAUAAUUUUUUCUGUUCCAUUAACACUGAUCCCCUUUAUAAACCCAUUGACACUGUCACUAUCCCGGAAUCAAGCGAGAUGCCUGUUUUAACGGUCUCCAGUGUUACCAGGAGUCUACUGAAAUUAAAAAGAACUGCCUCUGGUCCAGAUGGAAUCCCGUACUGGUUUUGGAAAGAGUUUGCGUACGACCUCGCUCCUGUUGUUACCCAUAUUUUCAACUGUUCUUUGGAAAAUCACAUUGUGCCUGAUCUUUGGAAAUUGGCCGACAUAACUCCCUUGCCUAAAGAGCCCAACUUUAAAAAUUGCACACAGUUGCGGCCUAUUUCGCUGACUAAUGUAAUAAUGAGGGUUUUGAACGUCUUGUAUACAGACAAGAAUUAUCUCAAUAUAUGAAGAACUUCAUUAGCUUCGACCAGUUUGCAUACCGCAAAGGCCACAAUACGACAAUGGCCUUAAUUAAGUGUCAAUAUGCUUGGCUGAAAUGGCUUGAGUCGGGUUUUGAUUGUGUUAGAAUCUUAGAAUCUUCUCUUUUGAUUUCAGCAAAGCUUUUGAUUCGGUCCCUCAUGAUAUCCUCUGCUCUAAGUUGAAAACACUUGAUAUAAAUCCAUACGUGACCAAUUGGAUUAUUAGUUUUUUACAGAACAGGAAACAAAGAGUUGUUGUUGAUGCCAUUGUCACGGACUAUGUAAAUAUCAAUAGAGGUGUCCCUCAGGGGACAGUUUUAGGCCCUAUACUAUUUUCUAUUAUGGUCAAUGAUAUUAAGGCCAUUCUACCAAAUCAGAAUUUACUUGUGAAAUAUGCUGAUGAUUUAACAUUAAGUAUUCCAGUAAAAUCGCUGGCUAAUAACGGCAAUUUAGCAGCUGAGGAGGUCCGAUCGAUCGUCGCAUGGACAUCUGCUAAUCGUAUGCAACUAAACUUCAAGAAAACGUGGGAGAUGCUUCUUAGAGGCAAAUCCAAAUCCACUAAGGCCUUACCUGCUCCUCUGGUUUCUAUAGAGCGUAAACCAUGUCUGAAGUUGUUGGGUGUAACUUUUCAAUCUGAUCCGUGUAACUGGGACUUACAUUUUGAUAAUAUUAUAUCGAAAGCCAGUAGUCGUCUGUACAUCUUACGUGUUUGUAAAUUCUAUGGACUGCCGCUGGAUCAUCUUCAUCUUCUCUUUAUCAGUCUUAUUCUACCUAUAUUUACAUAUGCUGUAGAAGUAUGGGGCUGCGCGUAUUAUCAUAAGUAUCUGAGUCGCAUAGACAGGCUGUUCAAGAGAGCUUUUUAAGCUUGGCUACUGUAAAGAGCUUUUUUUCGAUUGAAAAUAUUAUCAUUCUAAAAGAUAAGAAGUUGUGGGCCAAGAUCACCGACAGCGAUUUUCCAACAGCUUUAGAUGACCUUUUGCCACCAGAGCGAACAAUGGAUACGCUACGUAAGAGGCGCCAUAAUUAUAUUCUCCCGCUUGUCAGAACUGAACGUUUCAAAAGGACCUUUAUUAAUAGAUGUUUGUUCUCUUAUUAGUUAUUCAGUUAGUAAUUUAGUUAGCUUAUUAGUUUUAUACUUGCUGAUUUCAUAUCAUUGUAACUAAACACGUUUGUUGUUUAGAGUGCUUAAUAAAGACUUAUUAUUAUUAUUAUUAUUCUGUAGAGCUAAAAGAAAACAACCGCAGUCUAUGUAACGUCAAUCUUCUUUCUUUUUUUUUCGGAAAAAUAGGUUAUCUGGUACCCCAAGCUGCAACCGAAAAAGAAUGCUGUCAUGAACACAACAUACGGCAGCUUCAGAAGUCCGGACGAGGAUGCCCUGGAAGCGAAUGACUGCGAACAAGUUCCUCUGAUGGCUGACGAGGAAAGCUCAGUGGAAGAUGUCGAUAGAGGAUCUGCAGAAGAAAUGGCCUCCAUUUGCACAUUUGUUGUACCGAAUUUCGAAUUUCGUGCAAGGUUGCACGAUAUUCCGCUCUAUCAACGGGGUUUUAUAUUUCUUCUUAUGCUGGCUCUGGUGGUUUUCAGCGUGUGCAUUUGCGUGAACACGGAGUCUGCGCUGGGAAUUUUGGCGCCAAUUUCGGUCGCAGUUUUUCUUUUUGGUGCGUUUUUGUAUCGAAAUUACCGCGAGGGCCGGUUGCAGUUCGCCAACUCUGUCUUAUCUGUGGGUGGAUAG